AUGGGUUCAAAACCUUGGUUACAACCUGCUCCUACUUAUCAUCCAUUAGAGACGUAUUGGGAUACAGAAGAUGACGCCCCUGGCCCUCGGUGUGCCCACACUCUAACUGCCGUCGCACAGACCAAAACUCAAGGCCCUCGGCUCAUCUUAUUCGGUGGCGCCACUGCCAUCGAGGGUGGCGCCGCCGCCCCCAUCCCCGGCAUCCGGUUAGCUGGAGUGACAAACUCGGUUCAUUCAUACGAUGUUCUUACUAGGAAAUGGACCAGAAUUCGACCAGCGGGAGAACCACCUUCACCAAGGGCUGCUCAUGCAGCUGCUGCCGUUGGAACAAUGGUUGUAUUUCAGGGUGGCAUAGGUCCUGCUGGGCAUUCAACAGAUGAUCUUUAUGUGCUAGACAUGAGUAACGACAAAUACAAAUGGCACCGAGUUGUUGUUCAAGGACAGGGCCCUGGCCCUCGUUAUGGGCAUGUCAUGGAUUUGGUUGCACAACGAUACCUUGUUACUGUUAGUGGCAAUGACGGAAAGAGAGUACUCUCAGAUGCUUGGGCUUUGGAUACUGCUCAAAAACCGUAUGCAUGGCAGAGGCUUAAUCCAGAAGGUGAUAAGCCUUCCGCUAGAAUGUAUGCAACAGCUAGUGCCCGCUCAGACGGUAUGUUUUUGCUUUGUGGUGGAAGAGACACCUCUGGCACGCCCUUAGCAGAUGCUUAUGGACUGCUCAUGCAUAGGAAUGGCCAAUGGGAAUGGACUCUUGCACCUGGUGUUUCGCCAUCAUCAAGGUACCAACAUGCAUCGGUCUUUGUUGGGGCUCGAUUGCAUGUUACAGGAGGUGUUGUCAGAGGAGGUCGGGCAGUAGACGGUGAAGCAGCUGUUGCAGUGUUGGACACUGCUGCUGGGGUUUGGUUAGAUAGACAUGGCUUAGUGACUGCUCCACGCAAGGGGCAGACCGAAGAUCCUUCUUUGGAACUUAUGCGUCGCUGUCGACAUGCUGCUUCAUCUGUUGGUGUUCGUUUAUAUAUCUAUGGUGGUCUUAGAGGAGAGAUUUUGUUAGAUGAUUUCCUUAUCGCAGAGAAUUCACCUUUUCAGUCCGAUGUCAAUUCUCCUGUAGCAACGUCGGAGAGGGCCUCCAAUGUGGCCAGUCCCAGGACAAAUAAUUUGAGUCCAUUUGAUCCUUUAUCUCCUGAUGACGAACCUCAGAGUCCAUCAUCUCUAAGCAUGGACAAAGAAUCUAUGGACAGGCUGGUUGAAGCUUCGGCUGCUGAAGCCGAGGCUGCUAAUGCUGUCUGGCAGGCUGCGCAGGCACAUGCUGCAAAUCCUGAAGAAACAUCUGUUGCAGAUGAUAACUCACAAGCUGUGGAUACAAAUUCUGAGGGUAGUGAUGCAGAAGGAGAUGUUCGACUUCACCCAAGAGCUGUUGUGGUUGCUAAAGAGGCUGUAGGUAACCUUGGUGGUUUGGUAAGGCAGUUGUCCUUGGAUCAAUUUGAAAACGAGAGUAGGCGAAUGAUUCCUUUGCAAAAUGACUUGUCAUAUUCUACCAAAAGAUUUCAAAGGCAAAAGUCACCACAAGGCUUGCAUAAGAAGGUUAUAUCUACAUUGCUUAGGCCUCGAAACUGGAAACCUCCCGCUAACAGGAGGUUCUUCCUUGAUUCUUAUGAAGUGGGAGAGCUUUGCUAUGCCGCUGAGCAGAUCUUUUUGCACGAGCCUACAGUUCUUCAGUUGAAAGCACCCAUCAAAGUGUUUGGUGAUCUACAUGGCCAGUUUGGUGAUCUCAUGCGGCUGUUUGAUGAAUAUGGAUACCCUUCCACGGCUGGAGACAUAACGUAUAUUGACUAUUUGUUUCUUGGAGAUUAUGUUGAUCGAGGCCAACAUAGUUUGGAGACAAUCACUCUGCUCCUUGCUCUAAAGAUUCAAUAUCCUGAGAAUGUUCACUUAAUACGUGGGAAUCAUGAGGCUGCUGAUAUAAACGCACUCUUUGGUUUCCGUCUUGAAUGCAUUGAAAGAAUGGGAGAGAAUGAUGGGAUCUGGGCAUGGACGCGGUUCAAUCAACUGUUUAACCAUCUUCCACUUGCGGCACUUAUCGAGAAAAAAAUUAUCUGUAUGCAUGGUGGCAUAGGGAGGUCGAUACAUUUAGUUGAACAAAUAGAGAAAAUAGAACGACCCAUCACCAUGGAUGCCGGAUCCCUUGUGUUGAUGGAUUUGCUAUGGUCGGAUCCCACAGAAAAUGAUAGCGUGGAAGGUUUGAGACCAAAUGCUCGGGGACCUGGUCUCGUAACUUUUGGGCCUGACAGAGUGAGUGAGUUUUGUAAGAAGAACAAACUUCAGCUAAUUAUAAGAGCACAUGAAUGCGUAAUGGAUGGGUUCGAGAGAUUUGCUCAGGGACAGUUGAUUACCCUUUUCUCUGCAACCAACUAUUGUGGUACGGCCAACAAUGCUGGUGCUAUACUGGUGAUCGGCCGAGGGUUGAUGAUUGUUCCUAAACUGAUUCAUCCAUUGCCGCCUCCACUUCAAUCACCGGAAACAUCUCCAGAACGCCUCCGAGAUGACCCAUGGAUGCAGGAACUUAAUAUUCAAAGGCCACCCACCCCUACGAGGGGUCGUCCGCAAGAUCAUGAUAGGAGCUCGCUUGCAUAUAUUUGACAUAUGACAAGUGCCCAGUUCCAGUUACUGCAUGGUGAAGAAAAGAGAACGCAUUGAUCUUGUAUUUUGUAUACAGAUGAGUUGUUAUGAUGAGUGCCUUUGAUUGUAGCUUGCAUAUAUAGCAUUAUUGAUAUUUUACUUAGACAAUGCAUAUGUAUCUUCUGUAAAUUCAGGCAUGUAUGCUGAUUGUGCAGUAAUAAUGUAGCUUAAAACAACAUUUGGAC